ACGUCCUUUAAUGAUGACGUCCUCGUAUCACGCGGAGGUAUGUUUGUAAACAUCUCGUCUGCUUUUGAGUUCAAAGUACACGCUUUGUCAUUAUGACUUUCCUUCCAUAAGUACUUCACUUGUUAAAGUAUUGUGUGAGGAUGUUGUAUACUUGAAAAAAUACUGUUAAGGGUUUGGACAAACACAAAAAACACAAACGGGUGUAUUUCAGGGCAGCCUAUCAUUUUAGCAAAUAUCAGAGAUACAUUGUUGGAAUAUGACACAAGUCACACACGAGAUGUUCGGUGAGAUACCCGGGGAAGGUCGCGUGGAGAAAUGGAUACUCAUGUCGCCUAACGUCACCGUGGAAAUCAUCAAUCUCGGCUGCAUCAUCACAUCUAUAAAGUGUAAAGGAAAGAACGGUCAGGUUGAUGAUAUUGUUCUGGGCUACGAUCAUUUGGAAGGUUAUGUGACAGACCCUCGGUAUUUUGGGGCCGUGGUGGGUCGGGUAGCUAAUCGGAUUGCCGGGGGGAGGUUCGUGGUGGAGGGGAGACAGUAUCAGCUCGCUAUCAACAAUGGACCCAACGCCUUGCAUGGAGGACUGAAAGGAUUUAAUAAGGUGCUGUGGGGGAGUGAGGGGGUGGAGGGUGGGGUGCGUCUCACCCACACCAGCCCUGAUGGGGACCAGGGGUACCCUGGGGAGGUCCAGGUCUUGGUAACCUACAUCCUGGAGGGGGACACCUUGACCACCCAGUACCAGGCCCGCUCCACCAGAACCACACCCAUCAAUCUCACCAACCACUCUUACUUCAACCUAGCUGGACAGGGCUCAGCUGAUAUCUACGACCAUGAAGUCUCCAUCUUUGCCCAAGCCUAUCUACCUGUGGACGACACCAUGAUCCCAACCGGCGAGGUCAGACCAGUAGAACGCACUCCAUUUGACCUCCGGAGGCCUGUUCUGAUUGGCUCCCGGCUGAAGGAUCUGCCAAGGCCUGGGUUCGACCACACCUUCUGCCUGUCGUCACCUGGGAAUCCUUCGGUGGAAAGACCAUGUGCCAGGGUGUGUCACCCUGUGAGUGGGCGUGUCCUUGAGGUCAGCACCAGCCAACCAGGUGUCCAGUUCUACACUGCCAACUUCCUGGAUGGGUCCUUGGUGGGAAAGGGCGGGGCCUCUUACAGGAAACACAGUGCCUUUUGUUUAGAGACCCAGAAUUGGCCCGAUGCUGUCAACAAGACCUCCUUCCCGGACAGUCUGCUGAGGCCAGGGGAGGAGUACAGACAUGUGACUCGCUUCACCAUCUCCACCAUCUGAUCACCAUGACGACGCAGGGGUUGAGGGGUCAGUGUGGAGCAGCCAAUCACAGCGCGGAAUACUGGACCUCCACACCAUCCCAGACAUGCACCGUGGGGGGAAAUAAAAGCACUCAAGUGAAAGAUGAAAUGGUUGUAAUAUUCACUAACUUACACAAAGUAAACGCAGCAUGAUUCUGGGAGAAUCUGAUGUUCAAUUUGGUCGUUUAUUUUCAUUGGUUCCUUGAAGAACUCAGUGACCAAUCACAAGCAUCAUGGCUUUCUUUUCUCAGUUCUACACAUUGCAGUCUUUUCCGUGACCAUGCUUUUUUUGUACCACCGUUUCCAUAACGAUUCUCAUCUCAGUCAGGUUUCUGAGGUGGUCUGGGUCAACACACCCGCAGGUUAUGUAGGUUUAGCAUUCCAUCAUUCUGGGAGAUUUUUGUGUUUUUUUUUCCUGUCUCAUCAGCAUUCACUGGACGGCUGCUUCGAUUGCUGCACUCUGAGAGUUUCUGCAGCUCAAUGAAAACAGCUAUGAAAUUCCAUUUGUUUGCAUUUGUAUUUCAAUAAACUACUUAUUUGCAUC